AUGGCGCCUGUGGUCCUGAACGAUGUUGCUAUGUUUGAUUUUGACCCAACGGCGGUCCCUCACCUCCCUGCUGAAGUAUUGAACAUUGUUGUCGCUUUCAUGGACAUUGCCACCAUUAAAGCAACACGCUUGACAAGCAGAUUCAUGGCAGAUGCCUUAGCUCCGUUUGUCCUUGACAAAGUCUGGAUCUCACCAGCUAAGGAGGAUCAGACUAAGCUGAGAGAGAUUUCGCAACACCCUACUGCACGCUUGAUCGUUCGGGAGAUAGCGUAUGACAGCACUGUCUAUUGUGGAAGCCUUUUCAAGCUAUCCGACUAUAUGAAGGCCUUAGGUACGAGCAACACUCUCGCCAAUUCAACCUAUCAUCAUGGUCGGUUCGGAAAUACCUCACCGGUGACAUACAUCGCAGCGGCAGUGAAACGUGGUCACAAUGUUUUCCAACAGUAUUACAGCGAACAACGGGAACUCAGCCUGAGCUAUCAAUGCCAGCAUUUCACCAGAACGGGCAUGGAAAGGAUAGACCUACCAGGGAUUAGAGGCCGUGGCAACCUACCAGAGCGGCUUGCCAGCAUUGAUCGGACCGGUCUGUCUGAAGUCAUACAAGACAUGAGCGUAAUCCCUUCCCUUCUCGAAUAUUUCGCUACAGAUCUCCGAUGCCUCCUAGAAACCCUUCCGCUUCUGCCAAACGUUCGACGCUUCACGAUCUCCGAUCAACGAUGGGUAAAAGAUCAGCGCAGAAGGUGGACGUGUCUUCCUGACGAAGCUGGUGCUUUUCCAAGGGACAAGUCUUUCAUGAUUCAGAGAAGACGUGAUACCGGUAACCGUCUCGGUUAUGAUGCUGUGAUCCUCGAUCCCAGACCAUGGCCCAGCAGCCAGGACAAAUUACCCAGAGGCAGUCAUCUUCCAACAUGGUACCGUGGCUUCUGGAUCCUGACGCAAGUGGCAUCAAUGCUCAAAUACGAGCAACUCAAGUCUUUCACGAUCGAUGCCGACGGCUACAGAAACAGCAGCGGCAUCUCCCACACCGUGCUCCGCGCCAUUGACCCCAUAAAGCUACAGCACACAGUCAACGCCUUCAAAUACCUCACUACUCUCAAGAUGGAGAUCAACACGCACGAGAAAGAUCCUUGGACAGACUUCCCUGCCACUCUUGCCGGCGGGAACAUAGCGAAGAUGCUGUGCGCGGCCGAGCGCCUUCGAAGCUUGGACCUGGCAUUCGAUUCCGCCGAAACCCAGAUCACAGAUCUGGACACUCUGGUUGGAAAGGACCACAUCUGGCCACAGCUGAAAGCUUUGACCCUCACCAAUAUGUGCUUAAAUGGGGAUCAGUGGGCGGAAUUCCUAACUCGGCAGGGCGGAGUGCUGCAAGAAUUGUCCAUGAUCGAGAUAUCCUUUUGGGAUCCCGACAACUCACGGCGCAUGAUGUUUACCACGAUUGAAGCCAUGGCACUCGAGUAUUUCUUCAUCGUUUUUUCCAGUGAAGGAAAUGCAACAGAGGCUCCCUGCCUGAAAACCGGAGGCGUUUCUGGCCGUGCAGAAAUCAAGCGUAUCGCGCGGGCCAUUGCGGCUGGUGAGAUGUCGCUGUGA